CUAAGCCAGCCGCCGUGCCCGAUGUGCUUCUCGGCGUUCCCGAUUCUGGCGCCUGCGCGGUGCUGUCUCAGCUCGGCGCCUGCGCAGUUGAGGCAUCUGGCAUUCUGAGGGAAGAGUAGCUGCAGCCCCGGCUGUUGUUGUCGGCGCUGCCGCGAGAAGCGCGUCCUCUUCCCCCCCUUCCCCCCCUUCCCCGGUCUCCCCUCAGAGAGAAGGAAGAAGGAGCAGGCGGCGCUGUCCGGUAAAACGAGGUUCCAGUCCUCAUGGUUCUGAAUUGUAGGUUGAAUUUAAUAAGAACGUAGGAAGCUGCCUUGGACCAUCCAAGACGGUAUUGUCUACACUGACUGGUAGAGGCCUCUCCAGAGUUUCAGGCAGGGAGUCUUUUCCCAGCCCUGCUAGACAGGCCUUCAUAUUUCUAGCUCUGCAAUGAGAUGUUGCCAGGGAUUGAACCUGGGACCUUCUGCGUGCAAAAGCAGGUGUUCUAACCACUAAGAUACAGCUCUUGCCCAAAUAAAUAACCAAGUAAAAAAACUGUCAGACCUCUGGUCCAUUUGGCUUAUUUUUGUCUACCCUGACUGGCACCGGCUCCUCAAAGCUGUUGUUGUUGUUGUUGUUGUUGUUGUUAAUAAUAAGGUAGCUAGGCAGAGCCUGAUGCUGAUUGCCGCCCUGGACUCCUGCUGGGAGGAAGGGCGGGAUAGAAAUUAAAUAAUAAAUGAAAAUUAAAUAAAAAUGUUUUCCAUAUAUUGUUGGACUCCCAGGAGCCAGUACUGCCGGUGGCUGAGCAUGGUGAUGGGAGCUGGAGUCCCAACAAAAUCAGGACACCAUAUUGAGGAAGGCAAAGCUAGACUGCAGCAUGUUCAUGUGUGGUGGUGAGGAUUUUAUCAUGAUCCUUAAUCAUUUUAUGUAGCACACCCUGGGACAUUCUGUGAAAGGUGGAUUAUAAGUAUAAAUAAUAAAGAGAUGAAUAAUGAAAUAAAUCAUUAUUGUGAAAUGCAGUGUAAAGAAAUAAAAAUGUAGUGCAGUGGUCGAGCACCUGCUUUGCAUGCAGAAGGUCUUGGGUGCAAUCCUUCCCAUCUCUAGGUAGAGCUGGGGAGACUUCCUGCCUGAAUCCUGGACAGCUGCUGCCGGUCAGUGUGGAUGAUACAGAAGAAGAUGGACCAAUAGUCUGACUUGGUGUAAGCAGACUAACAUGGAUGGAAAUAGAAACCUAAAGCAGGUUUGACUCAGCUGUUUGUUUGUAAAUGCAUAUCAAACAGGUAGCCAAGAAUGAAGAAAGCUAGCCGGAGCGUUGGUUCAGUGCCCAGAGUGCCUGGGAUAAAUAAAAUACAAACAGUGGAAAAAGUCAAACCAGAAAACAGUUCCACGGUAUCUGCGGUGACAAAACCUUCAAAAACUGGGACAGCAGCAUCAUUAUUGAAGACAAAGAGCAACGAUGAUCUUUUAGCUGGGAUGGCUGGCGGGGUUACUAUGAGCAACGGUGUCAAGGGAAAGAAGAGCACUUGCACUUCCACAGCGCCUUCCACUGCAGGGACCACCAUGAACAACCUGGAGAAUAAAUUCAAGCCUGUUACAGGUACAAGUUCUGCAGCUAAGCGUAGCACUUCAUCUGGAAAUAAGGACUCCAGCUCUUCUCGGGAAAGAAUUCGCGACCGUUCCCGGCUGACCCAAAGCAAAAAAUUGCCACUAACUGGGCAGACAACCAACGACACAAUUCUUGCAAAACGUUCUCGUAGCCGUGCUAACCCGGACUCCGAUAUUCGAAUGAGCAAGUCUAAAUCAGACAAUCAGAUCAGUGACAAAGCUGUUCUGGAAGCAAAAGUAAAAGAUCUUUUGACUUUAGCCAAAACAAAAGAUGUAGAAAUCUUACACCUGAGGAAUGAGCUCAGAGAAAUGCGUGCUCAGCUUGGCCUUAAUGAAGAUCAGUUUGAGGGAGUUGAGAAAUCUGAAGAAAAAGAAACCAUUGUUGUCCACCAGCCAACUGAUGUAGAAUCCACAUUGCUGCAGUUGCAAGAACAAAAUACUGCCAUCCGGGAGGAGCUCAACCAGUUGAAAAAUGAGAAUCGGAUGUUGAAGGAUAGGUUAAAUGCAUUAGGGUUUUCUUUGGAGCAAAGGCUGGAUAACUCUGAAAAGCUGUUUGGCUACCAGUCUUUGAGCCCAGAAAUGACAGCUGGAAGCCAUAGCGAUGGUGGGGGCACUCUUAAUUCCUCAGUAGAAGGUUCUGCCCCUGGUUCAAUGGAAGAUCUUCUGAGUCAUGAUGAGAACACCUUGAUGGACAAUCAGCACAGUAACUCCAUGGAUAACUUGGACAGUGAGUGCAGUGAAGUUUAUCAGCCACUCACUUCAAGUGAUGAUGCCUUAGACGCUCCAUCAUCUUCAGAGUCUGAGGGCGUGCCAAGCAUCGAAAGGUCAAGGAAAGGGAGCAGUGGCAAUGCCAGUGAAGUGUCUGUGGCUUGUUUGACAGAACGGAUACACCAGAUGGAAGAGAACCAGCAUAGCACAGCCGAAGAACUUCAAGCAACUCUCCAGGAACUUGCAGACUUGCAACAGAUUACUCAAGAGCUGAACAGCGAGAACGAAAGACUCGGAGAAGAAAAGGUUAUUCUUAUGGAGUCUUUGUGCCAGCAGAGUGACAAGCUGGAACACUUUAGCCGACAAAUUGAGUAUUUCCGUUCCCUUUUAGAUGAGCACCAUAUCACUUACGUUAUUGAUGAAGAUAUGAAAAGUGGGCGUUAUAUGGAGCUAGAGCAACGUUACAUGGACCUUGCAGAGAAUGCACGAUUUGAAAGAGAGCAGCUCCUUGGCGUUCAACAGCAUCUGAGCAACACUUUGAAGAUGGCAGAACAAGAUAACAAGGAAGCUCAGGAGAUGAUAGGGGCACUGAAGGAACGGAAUCACCAUAUGGAGCGAAUUGUUGAGUCGGAACAGAAAAGCAAGACCACUUUAGCAGCCACCUUGGAUGAGUACAAAGCCACAGUAGCCAGUGACCAGAUCGAGAUGAACCGGCUGAAGGCCCAGCUGGAGCACGAGAAGCAGAAAGUUGCUGAGCUGUAUUCCAUACACAACUCUGGCGACAAAUCAGACAUACAAGACCUGCUAGAAAGUGUCAGGCUUGACAAGGAAAAAGCAGAGACAUUGGCCAGCCACCUGCAAGAGGAACUGGCUCAUACACGUAACGAUGCCAAUCGCCUGCAAGACGCCAUUGCAAAGAUAGAAGAUGAAUAUAGAGCUUUCCAAGAAGAAGCAAAAAAGCAAAUUGAGGAUCUGAAUAUAACCUUGGAAAAACUUCGAACUGAGCUGGAAGAAAAAGAAACAGAAAGGAGUGAUAUGAAGGAAACCAUAUUUGAAUUGGAAGAUGAAGUAGAGCAGCAUCGAGCUGUAAAACUCCAUGACAAUCUCAUUAUCUCUGACUUGGAGAAUACGGUCAAAAAGCUUCAAGACCAAAAGCACGAUAUGGAAAGGGAGAUCAAGACUCUGCACAGGAGACUCAGGGAGGAGUCUGCAGAAUGGCGGCAGUUCCAAGCUGACCUGCAGACUGCUGUGGUCAUAGCAAACGACAUAAAAUCUGAGGCUCAAGAAGAAAUUGGAGACCUAAAGCGCAGACUGCAUGAAGCUCAAGAGAAGAACGAAAAACUCACAAAAGAGUUGGAGGAAAUAAAAUCACGCAAGCAAGAAGAAGAGCGGGGGCGUGUUUACAACUACAUGAAUGCUGUAGAAAGAGAUUUGGCAGCUCUGAGGCAAGGAAUGGGCUUGAGUCGCAGGUCAUCCACUUCUUCAGAGCCAACCCCCACUGUAAAAACUCUCAUCAAGUCCUUUGACAGUGCCUCGCAAGUUCCCAGUCCUGCUGCAGCUGCAAUUCCUCGUACCCCUCUGAGCCCAAGUCCUCUGAAGACCCCUCCUGCAGCAGCAGUAUCUCCAAUGCAGAGACACUCCAUAAGUGGGCCAAUAUCUACUUCUAAACCCCUUACAGCUCUGUCUGACAAAAGGCCAAGUUAUGCGGAAAUCCCAGUUCAAGAUCAUUUGCUGAGAACUUCCUCUACCAGCAGACCAGCUUCUCUGCCAAGAGUUCCUGCUAUGGAAAGUGCCAAAUCUAUCUCUGUGUCUCGGCGAAGCAGUGAAGAAAUCAAACGGGACAUCACUGCCCCCGAUGGAGCAUCUCCUGCCUCUCUCAUAGCCAUGGGGACCACUUCGCCACAGCUGUCACUCUCAUCUUCACCUACAGCAUCUGUCACCCCUACGACCCGCAAUCGAAUAAGAGAGGAAAGGAAGGACCCUUUGUCUGCUCUGGCAAGAGAGUAUGGCGGCUCCAAGAGGAAUGCUUUGCUGAAGUGGUGUCAGAAGAAAACAGAAGGCUAUCAGAAUAUUGACAUCACAAACUUCAGCAGCAGCUGGAACGAUGGGUUGGCUUUCUGUGCCGUUCUUCAUACUUACCUCCCAGCUCAUAUUCCCUAUCAAGAGCUGAACAAUCAGGACAAGAAAAGAAAUUUCACUCUGGCUUUCCAGGCAGCCGAAAGUGUUGGCAUCAAAUCCACUUUGGACAUUAACGAGAUGGUAAGGACAGAGCGCCCGGAUUGGCAGAAUGUCAUGCUGUACGUUACAGCAAUUUACAAAUACUUUGAAACCUGAGAGCCUGAAUAGCAAAAGAGGAUGUUGGGGAAGCAGAAUCCCAACAUAGCAUGCUGAGCUCAACCAACGUCUCUCGACCUGGGAUGAAACUAAUGGACCAUUCUGAGUGGCUUUGGUGAGCAAGGCUCUUCAUUAACCCAGCGCAUGGGCAAACCCAGAAAGCUAAACUAGCUGGAUUAAAUUAUUAGCCUGAAAAAGCCUGAACUUGACAAAUGCUCUUUUGUAAAGGCCAAGUGUCACAAAGCGUCCAUACAUAUUGGGAAAGAGUGAACUGAACAGGAUGCCAGAGAAUACUUCAGGGUGGAUGCUGAAAUGCAAGAGAAGAAAGCCUGUCUAUAGGACUGUGUUGCAGAGACUCUUUCUUCAUGGAAAAUGCCCCUGGCACUUGCAGCACACCCAAAUAUUUGGGGGGGGCUCUUAAUCAUAGCCUAGUUAUUGCCUUAUUAUAUUGCCAUGCCCUCAAAGUGCACAAUUCUUAUAGGAAGUACAAGGGUGUUUUUCCCCACCUCUGUUGAGUUCACCUGACUGAAGAUGGUGUCAGAUCUUGGCCCAGUCUCAGUAAACGCAACAACACCAAGGAUCUGAGUUCAAGCCUACCUCUUCUCCAUGGCUUCCAACUUCAUGACUGGAUGAGCUCCAGCAUUGCACAUUUAAUUCCCAGUUUUAAGGAUACUACUAUAUGUAGACGAGUUGACACUUGUCAUUUGUUGUGCUUCCAAAGGAGUUUAGUUUCUGUGGAAUUUGCUUUACUUUGGCCUUCUACGCAUGCUUGGCAAAGUGUAACUUUUCUUUUGCAGAAGUUCAGAUGAAGCAUCACCUGAGAUUAAAAUGGUUGAAAAGA